UCUUCGGCAUUACGCCUGAUUUACGUACUCUUGAAUUGAAAUGCAUGUAAUAAAAUAAGCUUCCUAAUAGUAGAAAUAGUGGUUGCUCGGCAAUCUGAUGAGUACAAUGCAAAGUCAAGCAGUUAUAAUUUCUUCAGUCUAAGACUGUGCUACAACGCAAGCCAUGAUAGAUUUCACGCCACAGAAAGCUAUCUCGUGUGGAAGAUGUCUCCUUCUUCAAAUGUUUCAUUAUUUACGUUCGAAUAUAAGUUUGCCAAACUUAUUUUGUUAAGUUUUGGCAACUCCCUGGCCUUGCAAAGACGUUUGAAAAGCUAAAACCUCUACUUUCCAUGUUCAUUUUCCAAUUUAGAACAUUCUUGCAAUGUUAAUGGCCUAUUUUUACAGUCACAUAUAAACAAGGGUACACAACACAGACUUGUUAUUCCGAUUAAAGUUUUUCGAAGCUAACCAAACCUUUCUUGAUUAGAGUUUUCCUUUGUGAUUUCAUGAACAAUUCAAUGCAACCAUCAACUACAUUCCAUGGUCUUCGUGGGCAAUAAUGUAAUUUUUUUACGCCGUAUUACGGAGAUGAUCGUCCUGAAGCCAGAAAGCGUCGGAAGAAAUGGGUCGACUUUGUGAAAAUGAAACGAGCAAAGUGGGAGCCAUCACAGAGUUCAGUGAUUUGCUCAAAGCAUUUUAUAGCUGAAGACUUCACUCGACGCUUAGAUCUCAACAUAGAAGGACAAGGAACUCCCCUUACUCCGUGGUUACAACGAGAUGACUUUGGGAUCUGUGCUAUCCCAUCUAUUCAUGCUUCAGCGAUAGAAGCACACAGCAAACCACAGAGUGACAGACAACGAAGAAUGGCUGUUAAAGCGGCAAUGAGGGAACAUACUGACCUUUCAGCUGAAGGCGAGCCUCAACGGAAAGCGGCGAGAGAGGCCGCAACUUCGGAGGCAAGUACGAGUGGUGAAGAUGAUCAUCCUCCAGUCGACGAAACUGUCAUUGAAUGCUCACAUCAACAAAAACAACUCGAGAUUUCAAGUAGUGAUCCACCUGAAUUUGAUGACUUGAGUACAGUAGAGGAGUGUGGAAAUUGUAUGAUGCUGAAGGAAACGAAUAGGCAAUUGUUGAAUCGUGUGAAGACUUUGAGUGUGACUGUAGCGAAACGGAGGAAAGAACGCAAGAAUGAACUAAGGAAGCAUCGCAGAAAAGAGAUAAAAUGUACAAUUUACCAAGCCAGGAGCUCUCAGUAA